AUGACAGCAGCUCCCAAACGACGCCUAGCCGCUCUUUCGAAACAGCUGGUGGAGGGCAUCCCGUCGGAGGGUACGUUUGAGGAUAUCCCACGCAUCAGACAUGUCGCAGAUUCGUCGACGGGUCCCCGGGUGAAGGGAAAAGUGGUAAUCGUGACUGGCUGCAACUCGCCCCUCGGCAUUGGCCGUGCCGCUGCACACCAAUACGCCCAGAAUGGUGCAAAGGCUGUGUUUAUCUGCGACUGGGCAGACCAGUACUUGGAAACGCACAAGCGAGAGAUAACAAGCCUCUACCCUGGAUGUAAAGUCCAUUGCGUCAAGGUCGAUGUCGGGGAUGAAGAGCAGGUAAAAGCAUUGGUGGACGAUGCGAUCGCAAAAUACGGCCGACUGGAUAUUAUGUUCGCCAAUGCCGGGGUGAUCGGUGUGCCCAAUACAUUCGAGCAUAUCACAGCCGAUAAGUUCAUGGCUACGAUGCGCGUGAAUGCGCUGGGCGUAUUCCUGUGUGCCAAAUACGCCGCUAUUGCCAUGCAGAAGACGAGUGAAGAGAAGCCAUAUUCCGGAGGCAGCAUUAUUGGGACAGCGUCUGUAGCUGGGUUACGGUCUAACGCCGGUGGUACCGAUUACUCGGCUAGUAAGGCUGCAGUGGUCUCCCUGGCGCAGACCUUGUCUUAUCAAUUGGCCGGUACGGGCGUGAGAGUCAACGCUCUAUGCCCUGGUGUCAUAGAGACAGGGAUGACCAAGCCCAUGUAUGAUCAGGCUCGCACUCGUGGAACAGAGAGAAAGAUUGGGCAACUGAACCCUCUCCAAAGAGGCGCCGUCGCUGAUGAAGUUGCCAGAGCCGCUCUCUUCUUGGGAAGCGACGAGGCGAGUUAUGUCAACGGCCAAGCCUGGGCUGUGUGUGGUGGUCUCAGUGCCGGGCAUCCCUUUGUGCCUGGAAAGCUAGCAUGA